AUGUGGCCGGUCCCGCGGGCGGGGCUGGCCCUGCUGCUGGAAGUCGGGGUGCGCGCGUUGCUGCUGGGUCUCUUCUGGGUCACUGAAGUGCUGCCCCCUUUCCAACGGGUCAUACAGCCUGAAGAAAUGUGGCUCUACAAAAACCCCUACAUAGAGUCGGACCACGUGCCCACCAAAUCUAUGUUUUUCAUUUCCUUUGUGUCUCCUUUGGUCUUGAUUUUCCUGGCCAAAUUCUUCAUGAAGGCUGGUAAAGAAGAUACCAGGGAAGCAUGCUUAGCUGUUAGCCUGGCCUUUGGCCUGAAUGGUAUCUUCACCAAUGCUGUGAAGCUGGCCGUGGGCAGGCCUCGGCCGGAUUUCUUCUACCGCUGCUUUCCAGAUGGACGGGCAACCCAUCAGUUCUUGUGCACAGGAGAUGCACAAGUCGUGAUUGAAGGGCGCAAGAGCUUCCCUAGUGGACAUUCCUCCUAAAAAAAACCCC